GUUGGGAAUCAGAGAACUAUUUCCCUUAUCACAGUUCAUACUAGUCUGCCACAGCGGGUCAACCGUGGCCACUUCCCUGUUGACUGUCACGGGGGUAUUUGUCCACAGGAUGCACUAGAUGGUGGUGUUUUCUAACCGGUUUUGGACACGUUUGUGUGUUUCCAUUUGAAACCACCAGAGGCGCUCUCUCGCACUCGUCGAGACGUCGACGUGAACCGAGGACUGAUGAUGAGGCUACGCUAGCUUUCAGCCAGGCAUCCACGGGGUUUCGCUGAAUAGUUUAGCUGCCGGUCGUAUCCUACCGGCCGUCUUGACAUUCCCCUCAACAUCCCUGGACGAAUUCGUGUCGACUGACCAGAGUCCGCGAAUUCUCCUCCCUUCCUGAUCUCACCUUUUCCCCGCUAGCGUCACUUAGCUCGCCGGCUAACGGAGAAAACCGUGGGGGGACCGACGAGAGUUCUUCUUCAGGACCACACCCAGACAAGAUGUCCCUUCAUCAGUUCCUGUUGGAACCCAUCACCUGCCACGCGUGGAACUGCGAUAGGACACAAAUUGCCAUCAGCCCAAAUAACCAUGAAGUCCACAUCUACAAAAAGAGUGGCAACCAGUGGGUUAAGACUCACGAAUUGAAGGAGCACAAUGGACACAUAACAGGUAUUGACUGGGCUCCCAAAAGUGACCGCAUAGUGACGUGCGGAGCAGACCGUAAUGCCUAUGUGUGGUCCCAGAAGGAAGGGGUAUGGAAGCCCACACUGGUCAUCCUCAGGAUCAACCGAGCCGCCACCUUCGUCAAGUGGUCCCCACUGGAGAACAAGUUUGCAGUUGGAAGUGGUGCUCGACUCAUCUCUGUCUGCUACUUUGAGUCUGAGAACGACUGGUGGGUGAGCAAGCACAUCAAGAAGCCGGUACGCUCCACCGUCCUCAGUCUGGACUGGCAUCCCAACAACAUCCUGCUGGCUGCCGGGUCCUGUGACUUCAAAUGCAGGGUGUUCUCAGCCUACAUUAAGGAGGUGGAAGAGAAACCAGGCCCCACACCCUGGGGCAGCAAGAUGCCAUUUGGAGCUGUGCUAGCAGAAUUUGGAGGAGCGGUUGGAGGCGGUUGGGUCCACUCUGUCUCUUUCUCAGCAUCUGGUAACCGCCUGGCCUGGGUCAGUCAUGACAGCACUGUCACUGUGGUGGACAGCUCUAAGACGGCCAGUCCUUCACAGCUGAAGACGGACUUCCUUCCUCUCCUCAGCGUCAUUUUUGUUUCGGAGAACAGUCUAGUAGCCGCGGGCCACGACUGUUGCCCCAUGCUGUUCCGUUGCGACGACGGCGAGGCGCUGACCUUUGUGUCGAAGCUCGACCUCCCCAAGCAGAGCAUCCAGAGGAACAUCUCCGCCAUGGAGCGCUUCAGGAACAUGGACAAGAGAGCCACCACCGAGGACCGCAACACUGCCCUGGACACGCUGCACCAGAACAGCAUCACCCAAGUGUCUAUCUAUGAAGGAGACAAAAGGGAUUGUCGCAAGUUCUGCACCACCGGCAUCGACGGAGCGAUGACCAUUUGGGACUUCAAGAGUCUAGAAGCUUCUAUCCAGGGUCUCCGCAUCAUGUGAAGAAAUCUCGUAAAUGAAUGAAGAAACGCAGCAGGCCUCAUUUCUCCCCCUCCCCCUCCCAACCCCUCCCCCCUUCGCUCCUGCAACGCAGCCAGUAACACACACACACACAACUGACCACCUAAUCGAGUGUCUGCUGAAGCACUGAUCAGAUCACAACAGCCUCUAAUGGGUGUGUGCAAACACUCUCACGCACACGCACACUAAAGUACACAAACACGCAUACACUACACACACUGGGCUGACGUGUGACAUCACUGUUGAUUUUUUUUGUUUUGUUUUGUUUUGUUUUUAAAUGAAGGUUAACCAGGUGUCAAAGUGGAAAAAGGUCCUCUGACACGUAUUAAAACGUGACGUGAAAUGUGUGUUUUUAUGUUCUCUAACCUCAUGUACCAAAAGUUGAACACUUUAAAAGGUGCGUUUUAUCCAAAAGUCGGGCUGUAUUUCACCUUUUUUCAGCUCAACUUCAACAUGAUCUCUGAAUAUCAAUGUUUAGUAGAACGGAGGACGUGCGACGCUUCACUUGCUGGCGCGCCGUAGAUCUUCUCCAGCAGGUGAAGUCAUCGUUUAGAUUAGGACCCGGGUUAUUGAUAUUCUGAGGUCAUGUUGCCGGGUUGGCUGUAGAGAGCUGUACAGGAUCUGACGGCGGAGAAGGAAAGCAGUUGUGCGGAGUCACGGCCGGCCAGCACUAGGCUCUAUAGCUACUACACUAAAACCACACAAGAUGGAGGAUUUCAAUGUAACCGAUCAUGAGGUAGACAUGAAAUAAAGAUGAAGUCAAUUUGAAGUACACAACUCA